AUGUCUUCGAAACGAAAGCCGGACGGAACGAAAAAAGUGGUGAAAAAACGAAAAAACUCCGAAUCGAACUAUGACUCGGAUCUGAGCGAUGAGUUUCCGCGGGCAGGCGAACCAUCCGCCCGUGAGGUGGUCGUCGAGGAGCUGCGGCCAAUGGAAAAGCUACCGGAGGAGCUGCUGGGAGCGUACGAUAAAGGUCCCGGCAGGCUGCUCAUCGCUGGUAUGGUGUCCUGGGAGAUGACCGGCAAGCGCGACUCGAAAGGCGUCACCAAAAUUCGGCCGAAUCUCUUCUCCUUCCAUCGGUUCACCAGCGAAAUGUACCGUUCUACGGCAAGCUUCUGCUCGGCAGCUCACUCAGUGUUGAUUGACGUCAACUGGAAGGCUCUUACCUUCGGACGCAACCAGCUCAGUCAGUUAGGCCAUGGCGAUACCACGACGUAUGAGAAACCAACGCAGGUGGCCGAUUUGGCGGACUUCAACGUUAUUCAGGCGGCUUGUGGGCGUAACCAUACGCUCUUCCUGACCGACACCGGCACCGUGUAUGCCUGCGGGGACAACAAGAGUGGUCAGUGCGGUGUGGGCAACAAACUGCCCACUAUUGCUUCGCCAACGCGUAUCAGCUACAACGGACCUCCGAUCAUUAAGGUCGGCUGUGGCGCCGAAUUUUCCGUGAUCCUCGACAUCAAGGGCAAUUUGCACACGUUCGGGUUGCCGGAGUAUGGCCAGCUGGGUCACAAUACUGACGGGCGCUAUUUCGUUACAUCGACCAAGAUGUCGUUCCACUUCGAAAUGCAACCCCGCAAAGUGCUGGUAUACAUGGAAAAGAACAAGGAGGGACACGUGCUGCCGAUCGAGAACGUCAACAUCAUCGAUUUCGCCUGCGGAAACAAUCACACUGUGGCAAUAGAUUCCAAGAACCGAGCAUACAGCUGGGGCUUCGGAGGCAUUGGCCGUUUGGGUCAUGCCGAACAGAAAGACGAGAUGGUACCGAGACUGAUCAAAUUCUUCGACACACAAAAUCGCAAGGUGAUGCGUGUAUUCUGCGGUUCGUCGUACAGCUUGGCAAUAAGUGACAUUGGCUCGUUGUAUCUGUUCGGACAGAACAAGAAGACAGGCGAGGCCAACAUGUAUCCGAAGCCGGUGCAGGAUCUUGCGGGCUGGAACAUUACCAGCGUCGGAACGGGCUACACAUCGAUCGUAAUCUCCGCCGACGAUUCGCUGAUCGCCUGGGGCGCAUCACCGACCUACGGGGAGCUGGGAUUGGGAGAUUUGCAAAAAUCGUCGGCCUCCCCGAAGGAAGUCACACGCAUGGAAGGAAUGAAAAUCCCAAUGGUCACAUUAGGCUACUCACAUUCGCUGCUGCUGGUCAAUACGGAGCACGAGAAGACGAAGGAAAAGUACGACAACAUGCCCGAAUUCGUGGUCUAGUCUGCUGUGUUCACCGCCAACCAACUGACUGCCAGCAGCAAAAAAAAACACUCAAUGCGAGUUGUCCUUCCUCUAACUCGUGUAUAACGUAGAUAAGGAGGCCGACACGCAGCGUCUGAAAUAAUUUUAAUAGUAUUAGUUUUCCAUCGAUCACUCCAUCGUAAUAUAAUUGUAAUAUUUUGAAAUUAAACGUGCAUUUAGCUUUUCCAUCGGAAUUAUUUCCGCCAUAAAGCAUGUUUUUUCCACUAAAUGAGGGACGAGCAUCUGCUACUAUUUAUUAUCAUAGGAAGACUGAAAGAACCGUCCUACUCAUUUUUAAUCCGUUUCUUUAU